AUGACAGCAGAAAACCGGAGCAGUGCUCCUCCACAGACUGAUAAGACUCCGGAACUUGAGCAAGUAAAGGAAGUAGUGGUUGGUACAAUCAUCUCUUGUCUUCACAAAUACAGCAUUGCUACCGAUGAGAAGAUUGCAACCGUUGAAACCAAUUUGACAGAAACUAUCCGGGCAUCCAUUCAAUCCGAAAUUGACAACACCACUCAAACAUCGAUGAAGUCGAUGAUAGAUGAAACCGUGCAAACAUCAAUUAAGUCAAUGAUCGCCGAAUCCGUUCAAAUCGCAACCGCUCCUUUGAUAGACAUGAUGCAGGCUAUGGCCGCUCAGAUUGAGGAGCUGUCCAAACUUCAAGUCAACAAAACUCAAGCGCAGAUCAGUUCUGAUACCGAAACUACCAAGGAACUUCAAGACGAAGAAAAGGAGAGGGAACGGUUAAGGAAGGAAAUUGAAGACAAAGAUCAUGAGUUGUCCAAGCAAUGCAAUGAGGAAGAAGAGGCCGCUCUACAAGAAUCCACACUGGCUCAACCCUCGCACUCUAUGAAAACAAGGAAUAAGAACAAACGGAAAACGAUUGCGGCUGUAAUGAAGCUGGCGGAACGAAGCGGUCUAGGAGAGAUUCAACCGGUCAGACUAAACGAAGAACCUCUUGACGAAGAAGAAGAAGAAGAGGAUAUCAAACAACUCAACCGGCGAAAGAAGAAAGCAGUCGAAAUUCCAAGUAACAGGACGAUUGUUGCUCAACCGUCUCGCCCACCAAGACCAGUAAAUGGCGGUUUCGGAUUCGGCAAACAAACUCCCGGCAUCUCAAGUGUAUUUACCGGAUGGCAAUUCUACGCUGAACGAAGAGAGAGGGAAUGGGAGGCGAGGGAAGAAGAAUAA